GCAUUGAGAUUUCAGCCACGUGAAGGCAACGACUCUAAGCUUGCGGUUGAGAAAGCUUGACUUAUUGGUGCGACUCUAAGCACGUGGUUCCAUUAUAUAAAUCAAACCACAAGAGAUAAGAAGGCAUUUCCUAUUUCUUGAGAGGCAUUCUGGCUUUUUUCUCCAUCAGACUUGAAAGCUAAAAUAAAGGGCAGAGUCAGAGCAAAGCCGAAAUGCAUCGUCCCAUUAAAACCAGUGCGGGUAGAAAUGCAGAAGAUGUUGAUGGUGGCGCCGCUGGUUCGAUGAUUGCUCCGACAGAAACUAAAACUGUUGCAUCUAAUUCAUUGAUCGCGUCGACUGGAAGCUGCUACGAGGUGUUCUUGAGUUUCAGAGGCCCAGAUACUCGAAAAGGCUUCACCGAUCACCUGUAUCAUGGGCUCCUCAAUGCUGGAAUUUAUGCUUUCAGAGACGAUGACAAGCUCUGCAAAGGCGAGAACAUUAGACCAGAACUUUUGGCAGCCAUUAGAAACAGUAAAAUCCUAAUCCCCAUUCUCUCCAUGACUUAUGGUACAAGUAGUUGGUGCCUGGAUGAACUGGUUCAAAUAAUGGAUUGCAAGAAUAAUAAGGGGCAGAUAGUGUUGCCUAUAUUCUAUAAAGUGAAACCAGCUGACGUGGGACAUCAAAUCGGGAGUUUUGGGGACGCAUUUCAUGAGCGUGAGAGGCGUUUGCUUGAGAGGCGUUUCAACCCAACGAUUUUGGAGAAAUGGAAGCAAGCACUUCUUGAAAUCAGCAAGUUGAAAGGAUACGAAGCCGAUGGGUAUGAAGCCGAGUUGGUGAAAUCGGUUGUCCAAAAAGUGUUGACCGAAUUGAAGAAAAGGUUUGAGUUGGUUAUUUCUGAGAAUUUGGUCGGAAUUGAUAGUCAUGUGAAUAAGGUUAUGGAAUUUGUGGAUAAUAAAUCUGAUGCCACCCUAUUUGUUGGCAUCCAUGGAAUGGGAGGCAUUGGUAAGACUACUCUUGCCAAAACCAUCUACAACAAGCUCUCCAAUCAAUUUGAGCAUCGUAGCUUUAUUGCUGAUAUAAGGGAAUCAUGGAAGCGUAAUGGUGUACAUUACUUACAGAAUCAGUUAAUCGACGAUAUAUUCAAUCAAGAAAAUGAAGUUUGUAAUGCGGAUGCAGGGACUAAGUUCAUCUCCUCCAUGUUUAAAAGUAAAAAGGUCCUCAUUCUUCUUGAUGAUGUGGACGAUGUUGUUCAGUUGAAGAGUUUGGCUGGUAAUUGUGAUUGGUUUUCUUUCGGAAGCAAGAUCAUUAUUACCACCAGAAACAAGAGGGUUCUUGAAGAAGUCGGGGUGGACCACUAUUAUGAACAUAAGGAAAUGGAUGAAAAUCAAUCUUUGAUUCUGUUUAGCAAACAUGCAUUUCGAAGGGACUCUCCUCCGAGGGAAUUUGAGGACCUCACUCACGAAGUUGUAUCCAUAGCCGGAGGGCUUCCCUUAUCCCUUGAGGUUUUUGGUUCAUUAUUGUGUGGAAAAGAGUCAAGACAGUGGAAAGAUACGAUAAAGAAGUUAAAAAAAGUCCCUCCUAUGAAAGUGCAAGAAAAGUUAAGAAUAAGUUACGAAGCAUUGGACUAUAGACAAAAACAAAUUUUUUUGGAUAUCGCUUGCUUUUUCGUUGGCGUUGACAAGAGAAUCCCAUCCUACAUGUGGGACGCCUGUGACUUUUUCCCAGAGGAGGGAAUUGAAGUAUUGAUAUUCAUGUCAUUAAUAAAAGUUGGAAGUAAUCAUAUGUUCAUUAUGCAUGACCAAUUGAGAGAUCUUGGUAGGGAAAUAGUUCGCGAGGAAAAUCAAUGGAAGCCUUGGUGCCGUAGUAGGUUAUGGGACUAUGAGGAAGUCCAAAAAGUGCUAAAGGAAAGUAAGGGAACGGGCAAGAUUGAGGGGAUUAAUCUUAGUAAAGGCAACUCAGAAGGCCUUGGCAAAAUAGCUAGGCGAGAUGGCAGAAUUUACGCAGAAAAACAAUUCAAGAAUUUGACGAGUCUAAAAUUCCUUCACCUAGAUGGGGCACAUUUAAGUGGAGAUUUUAAGGACUCAAUGGAGGAGUUAAGAUGGCUUCGAUGGCCAUAUUGUCUUGCGAAUUUUGAAGUAAACAAUUUUGGCGUAAAGGAAUUAGCUGUACUCGAACUGGAAGAUAGUGAGAUAAAUGAGAAAUGGGAAGGAUGGAAUUUUUUCAUGAUGGCAAAGAAGCUCAAAUAUCUAAACCUUUGUGGUUGUCGAUCCUUGGAAAACACGGACUUUCUCUCAGCUUUUAAGAAGUUAGAGGUUCUCACCCUCAAUGGGUGUAAUACACUGAAGCGAAUUGACGCUUCAAUUGGAGACAUGGAGGCCCUCCUUCGCUUGGAGCUAGCCAUGUGUCUCUGCCUCAGGGAUCUUCCAACAGAAAUAGGUAAAUUAAAAUCACUGCAGCAACUCAAUCUACGACAUGCUACAUCCCUUUUUGCAUUACCAAAUGGCAUAGGGUCUUUGGAGAAUCUAGAGAUUCUUGAUAUUUCUUACAGUUGUAUAGAAGAGUUGCCCAAUGGUAUUGGGAGUCUAAGAAAGCUCCAAGAGUUACAUGCUUACAAUUGCAGAAAUCUAAAAGGGAUAAUGGUAGAAAGCAUGUGUAAUCUUUCUUCCCUACGACGCCUUGAUUUUAGAGACUGCAACGAGCUCCAAUCGCUGCCGGACCUUCCUUCGGGCAUAACAUAUUUGGGCGUCACCUGUCGAAGUCACAAAUUGCCUUCGCUUUCCCACCUAGCCCAUCUCAAGGAACUACAAGUUUGGGGUUGCGGAUUUCUCUGGUGCAUCCAGGAGCUUCCAUCAAUGUAAUUAAAGUGUUCAAAAUGCUCCCAACCAACGAACAUUGAAGAAUUGAAAUCAACUCAAUCCCUAAGCACACGCUUCAAGUUGGAAUUCUUGGAAGUUUGGGGUUGUGGAUCUAUCGAAACAUUGGACGUUUCACAAUUUAUCCAUCUAAGGACAUUAGAUGCCUAUGAUUGCAAGAAUCUACUUGAAGUUCGAGUUCUUGACAAAUUGAUAUAUUUGGAAAGCUUGACUAUCACACCUGCAAUUCAAUCAAACGGUUGGACCUUUUAAAAUUUGAGGGCCUGAAGAAAUUGAAUGUUCAUUGGUGCAACAAAUUAGCCGAAAUUCAAGACCUUGAUAGGUUGGAGUACUUGGAAAGGCUAGAUAUUGAAGAUUGCGCUUCAAUUGAAAGGCUAAAUCUUCCAAAAUCAGGGAGGCUAAAGGAAUUUAAUGCUACAAGUUGCAAAAACUUAGCCGAAAUUGAAGGCCUUGAUAGGUCGGAGCAUUUGGAAAGUUUAGAUAUCGACCGGUGCACUUUAAUUAAAAGGCUAGACCUUCCAAAAUCUGGGAGGCUGAAGGAACUACAAGUUGGAGAAUGUGUAAACUUAGCCGAAAUUCAAGGCCUUGAUGGGUCGAAGUAUUUGGAAGGGCUAGUUAUCUCAUGGUGCACUUUAAUAGAAAGGCUAUACCUUCCAAAAUUCGGGAGGCUGAAGAAAUUAGAAGUUGGAGGCUGCAAAAACUUAGUCGAAAUUCUAGGUCUUGAUAGUUUGGAGUAUUUGGAAAGUCUAGAUAUCUUUAGUUGCACUUCGAUUGGAAGGCUAGACCUUCCAAAAUUUGGAAGUAUGAAGAUAUUAUAUGCUUACUCAUGCAAGAAAUUAGUCAAAAUUCAAGGCCUUGAUAGGUUAGAGACCUUGGAAGAAUUGGAUAUCUCUAGGUGCACUUCAAUUGAAAGACUACUCCUUCCAAAAUCUGAGAGUCUAAAGAUAUUAGAAGCUAGAGACUGUGAAAACUUGGUCGAAAUUCUGGGCCUCGAUAGGUUGGAGUCUUUGAAACAACUGAAUAUCAUUGGAUGCAAGUCACUCAAAACAAUUCCAGAAUUAUCUAGAACGCGGGUUUAUCAAUAUUAUGAGAUUACAGAUUGGCGAAACGAUGGCAUUUGACUUAGACUAUCUGUACAAAUCGGAUGAGUAACAUAUUGGAAUGAUCCACAUUUUCUAACGAAGGUACAUAAAGCAAGUAAUCGACCUAUGCUCUUUUGAGAUCUAAGGCCCAUUUUUCAUUUGUAUCUCCUGCUUGCGAUAUUUUUCAAGAUUUAUGAUAUUGUCAUUAUUAUUUCCUGGUUGAUAGUGUUACCAUUGUUUUCUUACUUGAAUUCAAGGAAUCUAGGGGAGAUGUUCAUAGAAGUUAAUGCGUGCUUUGGCAAAAUGGUUUUGUUUGUCAUGCUAGUAGCGGAAAUAGAUGAUAAGGCUUUCAAAGCGCAUCAUUUGUCAUUAGUUUUCAAGUAAGAUCCUUCAUCCUAUACAGAAAAAUAGGGAUUCUCAACAUUUGAUUGAUUUUGGAAUGCUAGAAGUACUGAAAAAAUUGAUGUGUACAGGUUUUUUAUAGCAUGCCAAAGGUCAUUGUAUAGGUCAAAGAAAAUGCUAAAUGAAGGACCCUAUAUGGUGAUCCUUCUAAUGUGAGGUUUUAGUUUGCUCUACGCUCAUCAUGUAGUUCAUGACUGCAUAUUUCUAAGGGUAUACCUACUCCAAGGCUUCCAAAGAAUGCAUCUUGAUGUUUGUAGAGUUGGUAAAGCCAUUUGUUGUAUACCUGACUAUUGAGCCAGGCAAGACAUUAACUAGAAUGUCUUUUGACAUAAUCACCUGUACUGUGAAAUAAUUCAUUAUAUUGUUGCAUAAGCUAUUGUUAGUCCAUUUACUAGCUGAAAAGAAAAACACAGGAAGCAUUUCCAUAAGUUUCUUGAGGAAAAUUUUCAGUAUCCUAUAUUCCAUUUGAAAACUGUCUUGCAUUAAUUAAUGCAUGAAUAGCACAUAAUGAUAAGGAAAAGUAUCAUACUAUGUCUCACAAAGCAACCAUCUUGACUUAAAUACACUAUACUAAUUUAAUCAAAGCUUUUGUAGUGGAUGAUGUUAGAAGCCCCAUUAGUUGGAUCCAAAGAGUUCAAAAAGAAAUCGAGUUUGACAAACCCAGUUCCCAUAAACUUUGGAGUAUUAUUAAUAAUUUGUUGAUAUUAGUUGCUGGAUUGAUUUCAUCUUACUCACUGGCAGGAUUCAGUUAUUAUUCCACUGGUUGACGUAAAUGCUGAAAUAUCCAAGGGAGCUUUCGCAAGGCACUUCUAAAAGGAAUCGACAUCAUAGAAGGAUCAGGAGCUCAAUGUUUCUUGAGCUUCUCCAAACCCUAACAAUGCAUCCUUGGAAUGCUCGCAUUCUUGCGAUUUGUUCCGGCAUUAGUGCUGCAUUUUCGGCUACUCAUGGAGCUUUAGCUAUGGAGACCAGCAAAGGACCAUUGUGCAUCAUGCUUCCAUUUCAGCUCCAGUUUGGAAAACCACUAGCUUCUUAGUUUGCUUGAUUUCCGAUUGGCAGGUGAAGAUGAUGGAGUGGAAUUCGAAGAAGUGUUGGCUAGUGAUAAUCACAGAGGACUUGAAGUUGGCGCCGCAUCGCUUCAAUUGGUAGAGGCAGUGGACAGUCCGUCCUUGUAAUUGCUUUAAAGCCUUCAUUGGGUUGUGCUAUCCAUUUGUGUGCCAAAGAAUUCUAAUACCAUGGUGUAAUGGAACUUGGUCAUUUGUUAAAGGUUAGGUCAGCAAGAUGUCUUACACGUAUUAUUAUGCCAGAGAAUUACAGCAACUUGGAGGAUUGGGGACAGUGAAUAUCUACAAAGGACACUUGUGAGGAAUUUCAACAGAUGGAACAUAGUUAUUGGCAAAAGAAUUAGAAAUGUGAAAUGUAAUAGAAUCUUGUUAGUGCAUAGAAGUUCUUACCCGAAUGCGUCAUUAAUUGCUCUUUCAUUGUAGAUUCUUCUUAUUGAUGCUAUAUCUAGUUUUCCAUGCAUAGGUGUUCUUACACAUGCCACCUCUGUGGGAGAAAUAUGAAUUAUGGGACAAAACAUUGCUGUUAUCUAUUGUUUGAAGUAAUUGCUUUUUUUCCCUUUCAA